AUGGGUCAACGUGAGGUCGAUUUGCCUCAGCUAUUCAGCGAUGUUUCUCGCACCAUCAGCGGUAUAACGAACAUUAUGGGUGCUGGGCCAAGUCAAGACGCUCCUGACGCUUCUCCGAGCGGUGCAUCAACAAUGGUUGGAAGCCUAUUCGGGAAUACUUGCUUCAAGGCAUGUGGUAUGGAGGACAUCCAGUACGCGGCAAGGUCCGCUGGAGAUAUGCUGAUAACUCUACGUUUUUGUAUUAUGGCGACAACUGUCAUCUUUUUAUUGUGUCUGAUCAUCCUAACUGGAGCAAUUCUGUACACUGUAUGUAGAAAGGGUAAAGGGAGCUCCAAAUCACAAAUACAGUCCGCUGAACCUUUGGUGAAGUCAAAGACUCAUCUCAGCUCCAAGAAGAUUCCCGUUACCAGCGUUUGUUCGUGA